CUGAUCUACGAAUACCAUUCAAUGAAAUUGAUAAGAUUCGAUAGCUUUUUAAGCUUCUCAGGGGUCGAGUCGUGUACGCGAGAAUUUCCCCUGGCAGUUUAUUACUUGCACUUUCCUGUUCGUAUUUAACGAAGUUUGAAGUAAUUCGACAUGGAGAAGACACUUUUAGGUCAAGCGUCAGGCCCUUUCAGCUGUUAUCCAUGAUUUAAAUUUUUUCUAUAUAAAACGACUCGAGUGACUGGAUAAUGAAGCUGUUUAAAUUAAUUGUGCACCAGAAAAAUUUCAGUGGGGAAGACCUGAUAAUUAAUCCAAAAGAUUAUCCAGGUAUUAAGAAGGGAGAUGUCGUAGAGAUCUACCACCCCGAGGAUGAAUUUAGCAGGCUACUGCUGCAAGUCACUGCAUUGAAGGAGGACUUGCAGGGUCGAGAAACAAUUAGUGUAGAAAACAACAUUGCGUCGAUGUUCCAGUUGAGAACGUUUGCCGAUGUUUAUAUGAAUAUUGUAAAUCCGGAUGAUGUCGCUCUGGACUCGGUGGAGCUUACCUUUAAGGAUCAAUAUAUGGGAAGGAGCGAAAUGUGGAGGCUGAAGAAUAGCUUGGUUAAUACGUGUGUGUAUCUGAAUAAAAAGAUAGAAUUUUGUGGAGGCAGUAUAAGAUGCCAAGUCUAUGAAAUGUGGUCUCAAGGAGACCGUGUUGCUUGUGGGGUAAUUACAGAGGACACCAAAGUUGUGUUUCGUUCGUCCACCAGUAUGGUGUACCUCUUCAUACAGAUGAGCUCAGAGAUGUGGGACUUUGAUAUUCACGGAGAUCUGUACUUUGAGAAAGCGGUAAAUGGAUUCCUAGCUGACCUCUUUCAGAAGUGGAAGAAAAAUGGUAGCAAUCACGAAGUGACCAUAGUCCUGUUCUCUAGAACGUUUUACAGUGCUAGCAAUUUAGAAGAAUUUCCUAAUCACAUGAGAGAGUGUUUACAACAAGACUAUAGAGGUAGAUUUUAUGAAGACUUCUACAGGGUGGCUGUGCAGAACGAACGAUUCGAAGAUUGGAGUAACAUCCUUGUUCAGUUGCGUAAAUUAUUUACCGAUUAUCAAAAGAUCGUAUUGGAAUAUCACCAGAAACCCGGGAUUCCCAUGCCAAAGGCAUCAAACUCCACUGCUGCCCAAGGCAAUUUCUUAGAGGUCUUGAAUAUGUCUCUUAAUGUAUUUGAGAAGCACUAUCUGGACCGCAGCUUCGACAGGACAGGUCAGCUCUCCGUAGUCAUCACCUCAGGUGUUGGAGUUUUUGAAGUCGACAGAGAACUCACAAAUGUCACUAAACAGAGAAUCAUCGAUAACGGAGUGGGGAGUGAUUUGGUCUGUGUAGGCGAACAACCAUUGCACGCGGUGCCUUUAUUGAAGUUUCAUAACAAGGACACCUCUGUAAAUGCAGCGGAUGACUACAGUAUGCCACAUUGGAUUAAUUUGAGUUUCUAUUCGACGAAUAAGAAAAUUCCGUACACCACUUUCAUCCCGCGGAUCAAACUGCCCCAGAGAGUUUCCAAGCAAUCUCUGGAAAAUGGAAAAUUGUCCUGCAAAACGAAACUCUUGCAAGAGGAAACCAGAGAGUGCCUUCAUAAUACUCUUUUUGACUACGAUGCAUACGAUGCUCAGGUCUUCCAACUUCCACCGAUACACACUGCCAGCCUGCAAAGAGUUUCGACUCGGACGAAGAAAACGAGCGUGGCCUGUAUGGAAACGCACAACAAUGCACAAGCUUUGAAGCUCCUGAAGCGCAAAAUGUCAGACCCUGACAUCCAUCAUCCUCCUCCGGAGACUCCUCAUUCCCCUCCAACGAUCGCAGCACGAAGUGCAGCGAUUUCCAUCCCACGAAGAGCCGAGGAAACCGCCAGCAGCGAGUCCAAGGAACAGUCGAAUGGCAAAUCAAAGUCCUCCGUUAAGAGCGAUCUGACGGAUGCCGAAAUUUCUCCACCAUUCAGACACGUAGUCGGAAGUGCCGGGAGUCCAACAAAUACUGCCAGCCAACCCGCCAGCGUUCUCAGACCAGGAAGGGCACUCAUCAACCCCUUCGAUCCCUCCCAUGUCACUAUAAAACUCACUAGCAACCGAAGAAGAUGGACUCACAUUUUCCCCAAAGGACCUACGGGUGUCCUGAUUCAGCAACAUCACUAUCAAGCCAUUCCUACCAGGCCCAGCUCGGAGCAGCAAAGCGACGCUACUUCUAUGCUGAGCAGCUCUCCGGUCGAUCAGGCGACAACCUCCUCUUCGACGGGGCCUCCGACUCAGCUUCAGAUGCCAAGAUCGGCUUCGCAGACAGGUCUUCAAGAUCAGGUGAAAGCGAAGCUCCAGCGACCCAGUCUUCCUCCUGGCACCGUGGAGAAAAGUGGACCUUGCGGCUUGAACACCGGCAACAAAAGUCUAACCCUUCUGUGGGGUGCCACCGGAGAACAAGAAUGGACUCCGGCUCUAACGACAGCGAUCAUAGGCGUCGACUGGAAGUCCCUCACCAUUCCUGCGUGUCUGCCCAUCACCACGGAUUAUUUUCCGGACAAGAGGAGCCUGCAAAACGACUACGUUGUGUCCGAUUACAACCUUCUACCCGAUGACGUUAAUGCCGACUUUGCCCAGCAACGAGCGAUCUACAGGAAGCCCCUGACAACGGCCGAGGUGUUCAAGGAACUCGUGUCCCAGCGACUGGCGCAGGGAUUCCAAUUGAUAAUACUGCCACCGAACGAUAAGAACCAGGCUGCGACGCCUGGCAGCAACACCGUGCCACCGAUCAGCUCGGUAAUGAGAGGAAGACAGGCCGAAUCGGAGCCCCGAGAGGAAUAUUUCUUGAGCAUCGGAAGGAUCUUUCAUAAAAUUUCUCUGUGCGGUAAUUGCAUCACGGUAACGCGGUACAGGCCCCGGCACCCUUAUCCACCGUUCAACAUUCAUUAUCGCUAUCGAUUCCACGCACCCCAUCACGACACUUACGAGGUUUCCUGGGUUUCUUUUACUACGGAAAAGCUGGAGAAUUACAACUGGAAUUAUUUGGACCACUACAUCUGCACCAGGGGAGACACGGACUUCGCUCUGGUCGAGGCUUUGAAGUACUGGAGGUUUCGGGUGUUCCUGUUGCCUCUGCACAAUUCGGCGACUCGCAGGAUCCUGGAGGAGUCCCCGAGAUGCGACAUUUACACGCCACCCACGGCAGCGGAGCGGGCGACCCUGAUGGACGGGUUUCUGCGCUUCAUCGAGGUCUGGCUGAACAAGAUCCGUCGUCCGAACCCGAACAAGAGUUGGAGCCCGACUGCUCCGGGCGGAGUUUCGCCGAGAGACCCCGGCUCUCACCUGACCAGGCGCAGGCACAGCACCGGUUUAAUGUUCCUCGCCAACCAGACGAGUCUGGUCGGCAGCUCUCCCUUCAGGGAGCGACUCGGGAGCAACCGACUUCCUGAGAGACCACGGCCAAGGUCCGGGUCGAAGGUCAUGGACAGAGGGAGAGUGUCCCCUGCCAGCGAGGCCGUGCUUCCUCUGGCCCUGGAACAGCAGCAGCAGGAUCACCUGGAGACUAACGAGGAAAGCGCGCAUCCCGAGGUGACGAAGCUGAAGAGCAACGCCUCCAGCUCCGAGAUCCUGGAAGCCAUGAAGCACCCCCAAACGGGGGUAGGGUUCCUCACGCAGCAUCCCUCCGUUCCUAGUCAGACCUUCAUCAGCGCCGACGCGGUGCAAUGGCUGAACGAUCACAUCGAGGGUGGAAUUUCCAUAGAGAGCGCCAUAAACGUCAUGAAGGGGAUGAUCCAGGAGAAGCUGAUUUGCCACGCUUCCGGAGACUUCUCGAAGCCGUUCAUCCUGGGAUUUUACCUCUAUCACGUGGUGCAGGACAAAGAGGGCCAGAAGGGUGGAGACUACUCGCCACCCUUGGGGGAUCUGCAGAGCUUCGAGAACGAGUGGGUCGAGGUCGAGACGAAGGCACCGAAGGGCUGGUGCGAGCCGAACGCGCCGACGAUCUUGCCCUCGGUCUCUUCCCCGAUCUCCAUUCCGAGCUGCGACCCCGUCGACGAGUCCGACGUGCCGGCGUUCCUCCGGGACGACCUGGAGACGGGCGGCUCCACGGAUGAGAGAGACUGGAGGGGGCCGCCGUACAAGCACACUCAUCUGGACAUCGACAUCAACAACAAGAGCGACAGGAUCGAGUGGGGCCAUCUGAGGUAUCAGUCGCUCUUCAAAGCGGACCAUUCCUACGAGCUGGUGGUCCAGUGGGUCGCAGCCUCGGGUAGCAUCGUCGCGGAUCUCAUCUUCGUCUGGCAGCGCAAGGCGCAGAUGUGCGGCAUCCAGAUGAUCCCCAUCCCCAGCGACUUGUUGGCCCUGCCGUUCACCCUGAAGAGCGACCCUCUCAGAGGCCCCAUAUUCAUCCCCUUGAACACCGAGUGCCUGAUGGCCAACAAGCAGUACCUCUUCGAGGAGUUCCGAGAGGACACCUACGCCCAGAGGCUCUUCCUCUUCCAGGAAGCCAUUCUCCAGAGGUUCGGCUUCGUGCCUUGCCUCGUCGAGUGCAACGAGAACGACCACCAGUACGUCCACAUUACCGGGAACGCUUUUAUUCUCGUGCCCUCCACCACUUGUCCGAGACCGCGACCCAGAACGGGAACCAACGUCGUCAGGAGGAGCACCGGGCAGAAAAGGUACCCCGUACAUCCGGAUCAGCCCAGUCCCCACGAAGCGUACAUCACCAGGCACGUCAGUGGGAAGAACAAGGACGACUACAGCAUGGACAGGAGGAUGGGUUUCCUCUGGUCCUGGAACCACAUGCUCAGUCGGAAGUGGAAGUCGCUGUCCACCUCCGCCGGGGACGAGCUCUUCCAGAAGAAGCUCAUCCAGGAUUUCCGGCACUUUUGCUCCAAUGGAGAUAACAGGUUGAAAAUAUUUUGGGAGUCUUGCUGGGAACUGAAGGAGAGGUCUUGCACGCGAACGAAAGCGUGAAAUGGUGUCUAGUUUCUAGCUGCAUCGA